GGGACGGUGCUAUAUUAACCGUCGGAUGGAAACAAAUCAAACGAUCCAGAUCGUACGAUAUAAUCUAUUUAGUUUAUUAUUUUAUUUUAUUUUUUAUUUGAUCCUAUUUUUUCUGCUUUAUUUUCUCAAAUUUUUCAAAAAUUCCAUAUUUUCACCUCCUCCUUCUCCUCUCUCACACAAGCGAUUAAAAAUGUCAGAAUCUUCCUCAACCCAUCAUGACUCACCACCACCACCUCCGACGAACAACGCCGAAUCAGAAACCAACACCGUAACAAACGAUUCAGAAUCCAACACAAAAUGUCAAACAGCGAUCCAAUCCUUAGCCACGAUCAUCACAACAACAACAACAAACAUCCCUUCCACAAUCUCUGCCCUCCUCGACGACGAAACCGUCUCCACCGCGAUCUCCUCUCUUCUCCAACGUCCAGACUCAGGCGCCGGAGACAACAACCUCUGCCGUUGGCUCUACGAUACGUUUCAAUCCACGGAGCCUUCGCUACAGCUUCUCGUUCUCCGAUUCGUUCCUUUGAUCGCUGGUCUAUACCUCUCUCGUGUCCCUCUCCGUCAGCCACAAGCUGGAUUCGAAGCCGUGUUGCUCGCUCUCUACGCUCACGAAACAACCUCACGCGCCGGUCAAGCGAUCACCGUCAACAUCCCCGAUCUAUCGCAUCCCAGUAUUUACCACGAGUCCACCAAAGGUCUGACGAAGAACAACAACAACAACAACUCGACGUGCCUCAACAUCGCUGUGCUCUCCUCCACGUUGGAUCCACACGGGACGGUUAGAUCCACGCGCCGCGCUAGGAUCGUCGGUGUCGCGUUGGAGCUUUACUACAGCAAAAUCUCGAAGAUGACACGCGAAUCCAAGCUUAAUUUCUGCGAAUCGUGUGAGAAAUGGGCGGGGCAAAACGGUGAGACGGAGCAGUCUUCGUCGCGGGCUGUGAUUCCGACUUUGACCGAUGAUUCGUGGAGGGAAGAAGAGAGUGUUGUUGUGGCUAUGGGAGGAAGAUCUGAGAGAGAUAGCGGAAGGAUUCCGUUGCCGUGGGAGCUUCUGCAGCCGAUUCUGAGGAUCUUAGGGCAUUGUCUCUUUGGGCUCAAAGGUGAAGAUAGGGAAUUAUCUGAGGCGGCGAAUAAAGCUUGUCAGAGUUUGUAUCUCCGGUCACUGCAUGAUAUCAAUUCCAAGGCGAUUCUGGCUACCGGAAGUCUUCUCCGGCUUCGGGAGAUGGCUCUUGAUCCUAAAAACCAAAUCGAUCACACUGAGAUCUCGAACGACGCCGUUAUCACCGUUUGAUUUCAUUUUUUUUAGUCACC